UAUUUUGUCAUUAUUUUGUUGAGAAAUAAAAUGUAACAGAUCUUAGUAGAACUUACCUUUUGUUUUGUUAUCCACGUGCUGUUUUCGUGUUGAAAUCCUAUGAUGUAGGCCAUCCGGUCAUCAUCCGGUGAAAAUCUGAAGGAGAUAAAAAGAUAUUUUUGUUAUAUGAGGGAAUCGGCCAGUUUUGUUAUCUGAGAAAUCAGAUUCUGGAUCUCUUUACUGUGGACUGCAUUAAUCUGGAACUUCGAAUGUGCAUAGUGUGAGAUGGCGAGCCACCAUGAGACACCUACUUUUCUUCUGUUGAUAUCUGCGUUGCGAUUUCUACAAAUUGUUUCACUGGAUUAUUGAAGGUUUGAUUAUUGAAGCACUGGAACAUUCAUUCUAAGGAACUGAAGAAAGAGAAAUUAUAAAUCUCAUUUGAACUUAUAUACUUGAUUUUUGCGCCUUGUUGAACUAUACACUCCAAGGAGUUUCUUGGUAUUUGAGUUUAUUUCGUAAAUUAUACGAAUUGUUACUCUACUUUUAGAGUUGGUUUGCUUUCUUUUACAUUCCUUUUAUUUUAAUUUGUUUAUAUUGUGAUAUUGUCAUACUAAAAUUUUCUUUUCUUUGGUAACAAUUAUAAACACAACAUACAUAAACAUUUACAUUCAAACUAUAUAUAUAUAUAUAUAUAUAUACGUGUGUGUGUGUGCCAUUGCCUCCUACGAACCGUGUUGUCUUCUGAUCUAUCUGGCCUAGUGCAUUGUUGCAUUUCAGUGAGUAGUCAUCCCUAAAAAGCCUCAUAGGGGCUACAUAUUCGUGGCGAGCCAGCCAGGAGGCAAAGGAAAACACACACACACUUACUAAUGAUCGUUUAAAGUUCCCUUUUUUUUGUGUGGGAGUUAGCCAUUUUGAAAACAGUUGUAGAAGUAGUGAAAAAACAAAAACAAAUGGAGGUUGUAGAGAAAGAGGGCGUGAAAGUUCCAAAUGCUGUUUUAAAUAGCGGCAUAACUGAUACUGAAGUGGAUGAAGAAAUAUUAGACUUCCUGGCGCAGUAUGGGUCAAUUAUUAGAUCCAUCCCAGUGACUGAUCCUAGCUUAGAGUCAAAUAAGUCUUUAAUAGUUGAAUUCAGCUCUGGACUAGCAGUCCAAAACCUCCAGGAAAUGCUUCCCUAUGUUCAGCAAGCAGAAGAUAAUCCUGACAUCUAUUUUCAUGUAACAGCUCUAUCAGACACUUAUAUUCAGAAGCUGGGAAAAACCACAACCCAAAGUUAUCUCAAUGAUCUGAAAGAAUUAGCGAGUCGUAGUGGGGAAAGCUUUGAGGAUGUUCUGAAGGGCAUGCUAGAUCAUAUUCAGGAGACAAUUAUCCAAAAGCCAUGUCUUGAACCUACCGUUGUAGGAGCUGACGAGUCAUUACCUGUUCAUUCAGCAGAUCCGCCCCAAACUGAGUUCACCUUUAAGCAGUCUCAAGUGCCAAACAAUGCUACACAACAUCAUACUGUUCCACCAGCAUCUGCAGCCGCAAGCCCAAGGUCCCCAUCGUUCCCUGUAAGUGACUUAAACCCACCUGCAGUGCAAAAAGUUGUAGUGGAGCACCUUGUACGCACAAGUGACUUUGCAAUGUCUGGGAAUUCACCAUUGCGGCUCCGUGCUUUCUCCGGGCGAGUUCCCCACCCACCCAAUGAGGCUGAUUAUGAAACUUGGUGCACCAGUGCUGAACUUCUCUGUCAAGACCCAACAGUAUCUGAUUUCCACAGAGUUCGUAAAAUCUGUGAGAGUCUUUUGUCCCCAGCAGCAGACAUUGUGAAAUCUCUUAGUCCCACAGCAACGCCUUCAGCUUACAUUCAGCUACUUGACUCUGCUUUUGCUCCCAUUGAGGAUGGUGAUGAAUUAUUCGCCAAAUUUCUAAAUACAUUCCAGAACCCAGGUGAAAAGCCAUCUGCCUACCUACAACGACUGCAUGUGGCAUUGCAGACCACCAUGCGACGUGGUGGAGUACUUAGUUCAGAGGUCGACAAACAUCUGCUUAAACAGUUUUGCAGAGGAUGUUGGGAAAGCCCUUUGCUUCUAGAGUUGCAAUUAGAGCAGAAAAAGAACUCACCUCCGUCCUUUGCUGAGCUGAUGACAAUGUUACGUACCGAGGAGAGCAAACAAGCUACAAAAAAUGUACGGAUGAAACAACACUUAGGUAAUCCUAAGCCGCGUGUUGUAGUAAAUUCUCAAACAGCCAUUAGUGAUGAUGUGACCCAGUUACAUUCCGUUACUGCUCAGUUAGCAAGCCAGAUAACACAGCUCCAAAAGCAGCUCGCAGUGCUAACAUCAAAACAGUCCAAAGAGAAGCAAAACCCAAAGAUGAGUGCUGUCAAACCUGAGAGUAGUCAGGACACGUGUAGUUCUAAGAGAAAAGACAAAAUUUCAGACAAAUCACAGCAAGCUAGACCUAAGCCAGGUUACUGCUUUAGGUGUGGAGAGGAGGGGCAUAUUGCCAGCUCCUGCUCAAAUGAUCCUAAUCCCAUGUUAGUAGCAGAAAAAAGAGAACAACUCAAAAAGCGUCAAAGCGAAUGGGAUUUGCAGUAUGGCAACCUUAAGCCGCAGUCAAACUAA